AACAGAGGAGGUCUCGGGCUCGACGAUCACCCUUGGGUUGGGUUUGGGCUAGCUACAAGCGCUGUGACCUGUCACUGACGCCAUGGUCAUGGAGGAGGAGGAGGCGCUCGUGCAGAAGAUCGCCGGGCUGGCCGCGGCCAUCGGCAAGCUGCCGUCGCUGAGCCCGUCGCCGGAGGUGAACGCGCUGUUCACGGAGCUCGUGACGGCCUGCAUCCCGCCGAGCACCAUCGACGUCGAGCACCUCGGCCCGGAGGCGCAGGACAUGCGCGCGCGGCUCAUCCGCCUCUGCGCCGACGCCGAGGGCCUGCUCGAGGCGCACUACUCCGACCUCCUCGCCGCCUUCGACAACCCGCUCGACCACCUCAAGCUCUUCCCCUACUUCAACAACUACAUCAUGCUCAGCCAGCUCGAGUACGGCCUCCUGGCGCGCCACGUUCCCGGUCCGGCGCCGGCGCGCGUGGCGUUCGUCGGCUCCGGCCCGCUCCCGCUCAGCUCGCUCGUGCUCGCCGCUCGCCACCUGCCGGCUGCGUCCUUCGACAACUACGACAUCUGCGGCGAGGCCAACGACCGGGCGCGGCGCCUGGUGCGCGCCGACGAGGACCUGGGCGCGCGCAUGGCGUUCCGCACCUCGGACGUGGCCGACGUGACGCAGGAGAUGUCAACCUACGAUGUGGUGUUCCUGGCGGCGCUGGUAGGCAUGGCGGCCGAGGAGAAGGCCCGCGUGGUGGAGCACCUCGGGCGGCACAUGGCACCCGGCGCGGCGCUGGUGGUGCGGAGUGCGCACGGCGCGCGCGGGUUCCUGUACCCGGUGGUGGACCCCGAGGAGAUCCGGCGCGGCGGGUUCGACGUGCUGGCCGUGCACCACCCCGAGGGCGAGGUGAUCAACUCCGUCAUCAUCGCGCGCAAGCCCGUCCCGAUGGACGGGCAGGGGCACGCGCAUGCGCACUGCGCAGUGGUGAGCCGGCCGUGCCUGCGCUGCGAGAUGGAGGCCAGGGCGCACCAGAAGAUGGAGGAGAUGGCCAUGGAGGAGCUGCCAUCGUAGGCACCGACCAUGCUCGAACGCGCUCUGUGUUGCCGAGGGAGGGGAGGAGGAUUGGAGGAAUCUUCUUACUAGUACUAAAUCUACGUGCAUGGUAAUAAUUUGGUUGACUGCAUCCAUGCAUAUCGUCGCUAUUGAAUUACUGGUGUAUUACCAUAAUUAAUUACUCAUUGUCUCCGUGUCAGUGGUUAAUUUUCUUUCUACUACUAGUUGAAUAUGUCUGACAGUCUCCGGGUUUGGUUUAACAAAGAAGAGGAGCAAUAUAUAAUGUGUGUCGAGUCCAGUUGUAAUAAGUGAUCACUCAAGUGUAAUCGUUUUCUUGUUGCUGCUGCUGCAUUUGAGAGUAACUAAGCAUGCAUGCAUCAUGGUCAUGGAUGGAUAAAUACAACCUUGCUACUCCAUUGUUUGUUUU